AUUUUAACCUCUUAAGUUAAUGCAAACAUUAUGUACAUUUCUAUAGUCCGGUCUCCCACUCUUAUGUUAAGAUUUGAAAUUUUGUUACAUAAAUUAUUUUAGUUUCAAAGUUCGUCUGCUAAAAGAAUUGUUAUUGUAAUUAGUUGUUGCUAAGAGUUGAGUUUAUUUUAGAUAAAGUCAUUUUAAAUGAGUUGAUAUUUACGUUGUGUCAAUUUUACAAUUUUUAAUCAUUUUUAUUUAAAAUUAAAAAUUGAUCAUUUUUUGUUGAAUAAGAAACUUAAAAUAUGAGUUUAAGAACUAGUAACAGUGAUCCGAGGUCAAAAACUUUACCAGAAGAACACUUAUUAUUACACGAAAAUAUCAGUAAAAAUGGAAGUACGUUGCCAACCAAAUCUACAGCUAAUUCUAAAGUGGGACAACCCUUUAAACAUAAUUCAUUUACAAGUGUUGCAACUGAACCUUUGCCAGUUCGUUUAACUCCAGCUUGGGAAGAAAAUAAUUUACCCAACGACGAACUUAAUUUUAAAAGUUUUAACAUGGCUGAAGCUGAAUUAGAGACUGAUCCACCAAAAGAUAGAUGGAACAUAGUAUAUUUGAUUUUAGUUCUUCAUGGUAUUGGAAUUUUAAUGCCUUGGAAUAUGUUCAUUAAUGCUAAAAGUUAUUUUGUUGAUUAUAAACUAGGAGAAGAAUAUCUCAAUGGAAAGUUUCAUUAUGCAGCUAUUUUCAUGUCAUAUUUAACUAUUUCUGCACAACUUCCCAAUUUAUUAUUUAACUGGUUAAAUAUAUUUUGUCCAAUAGGGGGAAAAUUAACAACACGCAUAGUAUGGUCUAUACUCACAGAAGUUUUAUGUUUUGUCUUUACAGUUGCUUUAGUAAUGAUUAAUACUGCUCAUAUCCCAAAUAUAUUUUUCUGGGUAACACUUGGAUGUAUAAUACUUCUUAAUACGGCAAAUGGUAUUUACAACAAUUCUGUAUUUGGUAUGGCAGCUAAAUUACCCCAAAAAUAUAUUGGCGCAGUUGUUCUUGGAACAAAUUUAAGUGGUACACUUACUUCAUUAGCUGAUAUAGCUUCCCUUACAGUUGCUCCAAAUCCAAAAACAGCUGCUAUUUAUUAUUUUACUACAGCUUUAUUUAUAUUACUAGCUUGUUUUGAUACAUAUUUCGCCUUGCCACUUAAUAGAUUUUAUAAAUAUCAUGAACUUAUUUAUCAACGACAAAUCAAUAAUAAAGAGUCUAAACAAAAUAAGAAUGAAAGUGUUCCGUACUGGCAGAUUUUCAAAAAAUCAUUGCCACAACAGUUCAAUAUAUUUUUUGUAUUUUUUAUCACAUUGUCAAUAUUUCCAGCUAUUCAUUCAGAUAUCAAAAAGUCUGAUAAAAAUUUCUUUAUUUCGGAUAAAUAUUACGUCAGUAUUAUGUGUUUUUUGACAUUUAAUGUAACGGCACUUGUUGGAUCAUAUCUUUCUACAUUAUUUUCAUGGCCAAAACCAAAAUGGUUAUAUGUUCCAAUAUUUUUAAGAGCUCUGCUUAUUCCAUUAUUUUUAGUUUGCAACUAUCAUCCAAGAGAAAUCAUAAGGGUUACACCAGUAAUAAUAAAUAAUGAAUAUGUUUUUUGGGCUUUGGGAGGAAUACUUGGAUUAUCUAGUGGUUAUUUCAGUUCUGUUGCAAUGAUGUAUGCUCCAAGUUGUGUUGAACCUAAAUAUAGUGGUGUUGCUGGUAUGUUUGGAGCUGCAAUGAUAAUAACUGGUAUUUGUUGUGGUUUGAUUUGUGGAAAUUACUAUUCUUUAUUAAUUACAAAAAUUAAAUGGUAAAAGUACAAAAUUAUUAUAUUUUUAAUAAUCAAGUUUUUUGAUUAACAUGUACAAUAUAAUCUUAGUCUAUCACUAUAUAGUUAAUUAUAUUAUAAAUAUUAAAACAUGUAUGUAUUUUAACAUGAUAUUUAUGUGUACUUAUCUUAGGCUAAAACAAAAUUAUAUUUGACCACUAGAUAUAAAGGUAUGAAUUAAUAUGCGUCUGUUGAAGUCUAUAAUUUGUAUUAUUAUAGCAUUAGGUUUCUAAUUAAAAUUUGAACUGCUAAGUUAUCUUCCAAUUGAUAACUGUUUUUAAAGACUUGUUAAAAAAUUAUUUAGUUUUUAUGUAUGUAUAUAUACUGAAUAUUCAUUAUAAUAACAAUUAUGUUUAAGAUAAAUUUUAUAUAAUUUAUCUUAAUUUAAUUUAUAUUGUUGUUAUAUAUAUAUAUAUAUAGUUUAAGCCAUAACAGAUAUUAAAUAAAAUACUAAAAUAUUCAAAACA